AUGGAUCAGGUCAAGCCCGCUUGUGGGCAGCAAAAUAUGUUGCAUAUCUUGGUGACAGGAGCCAACAGCGGUCUCGGAUUCUCUAUUUGCUGCCGCCUUGCCGACGAGUUCCUCUCCUCCCACCCAGAAUCCGAAUCUCUCACCAUAAUAUUCACAACUCGAAGCGCGUGCAAAGCCCAAGACACAAUCCGCAGACUAGAAGCUCACCUACAAUCAACCUCCCCCUCCGCAUCCGCCGCAGCACGCGUUCACUUCGUCUCAGAGAGCGUCGACCUAGGCGAUCUGCGUUCAGUGCGCGAACUUUCCCGCAAACUAGUCCACACCCUCCCCAGACUCGACUCAAUUGUCCUCAAUGCUGGGCUGGGCGGCUGGUCCGGCAUCAAUUGGCCCAGGGCCAUUUGGGACGUAUGCACAGAUCUCCUCCAUGCGGUGACCUGGCCGUCCUACAAGCUCGCGCCGACGGGCGUGUUAACAGGCAAGCAAACAAAGACGGAAGAAGAACCCGCACUCGGAGCAGUCUUUUGUGCAAAUGUCUUCGGGCACUACAUGCUGGCGCACAACGUAGCUCCGCUGCUGAAGCGGGCGCGCACGAACGGGCCCGGCCGUGUGGUCUGGGUUUCCAGCCUCGAGGCGACUUGGGACUUUUUCAAGGUCGAUGAUAUCCAGGGUUUGCGCACUGAUGCGCCGUAUGAGUCUUCCAAGGCUCUAACUGAUAUCCUCGCACUGACUUCCAAUCUACCGAGUACCGCCCCCUGGGCGGUCGAUAGCUUCUUGCAGUCUGAGACGGAGCUUGACACCCAUGCUAUCCAUACAGAUGCCCCCGACGCGACCCCGCGCACGUAUCUCUCUCACCCUGGUAUCUGUGCCACAUCGAUCAUCCCGCUUAUUCUUCCCCUUGCGUGGGCGAUGAUUGCUGCUUUCUGGGCUGCGAGGAUGCUGGGUUCGCCUUGGCAUCCAUUGUCUACUUACCUCGGCGCUUGUGCCCCUGUGUUCCUCGCGCUGGCAUCACAGGCUGACGUGGAAGCUGCUGAAGAGCCUUACUACCGGGCCGGUGGUGGUAGAGCGAAAUGGGGUUCCUCUUGCGGGCGUCGUGGAAUUGAAAGUGCGGUUUCUACUGAGGUCGACGGCUGGGGACAUGGAGGUGUUGUGGGCACGCCUGUUGUUGAGGCUGAUCGACUCCGUCGUCGUAAGCGCGGCGCGGAAGAUCUUACCAAGGAAAAGCGGGAAGAGUUCGAGGAACUUGGACGCCAGUGCUGGAAGCAGAUGGAAGAGUUGAGAAUUCAAUGGGAUGAGAUCCUGGAUCAAGCUGAGGCUCGUUCCUAG